UGGCUGUACGUACGAAUCACCUGGGGAAUUUUAAAUUGUACUGCUGCCUGGGGAAUUUUAAAUUGUACUCCCAGAGAUUGAUGUAAUUGAAAUGAGGUGAGUCCUGGGCACUGGAAUGUUUAAAAACGUUCCAGGUGGUUUUAACGCGAAACAAAAACAGAACCGCUGUUUGGGGGCGUUCUUCCUUUGGGGGCGUUCUGCCUUCUCCACGCCUGAUUUGCACUCAGGAAUCGGCUGUCUGGAACGGGGGUGAGGUUGACAGAUAUCUGUCGCCACGCCUCUUCCUACAGAACCAAUAAACUGAAGCCGCUCGGUGACAUCCCAAGGGACUUGAAUUCUGAUCUGGCUGCAGACGCUCUGCACCCCGCCCAAGCCUCUAUGGUACUUUGGCGUCCCCUCUAGCACUGGCAAGUCGCCUUCCUCUUCGCCCGGCGCCGGCCGCUCCCUCUCUAUGAUCGCCGAGUUCCCGGCGCCUUCUCGUUGGUAUUUAAUUCCGGAAGCGAGUUUGAAUCAAAGAAGAGGCGGGACUUUCCUCCCGGAAGUAACCCACGUGCUUCCGCUGGAGCCUCUCGGGAGGCGGGUAACGUUAUAGUAUUUGUCGGAAGUUGGGGUCUCCGUGGGCCUUGUGAUCCGUCCCAGGCAGUGGAUUAGGAGGCCAGAAGGAGAUCCCUUCCACGGUGCUAGGCUGAGAUGGAUCCUCUCAGGGCCCAGCAGCUGGCUGCGGAGCUGGAGGUGGAGAUGAUGGCCGAUAUGUACAACAGAAUGACCAGUGCCUGCCACCGGAAGUGUGUGCCUCCUCACUACAAGGAAGCAGAGCUCUCCAAGGGCGAGUCUGUGUGCCUGGACCGAUGUGUCUCUAAGUACCUGGACAUCCAUGAGCGGAUGGGCAAAAAGUUGACAGAGUUGUCUAUGCAGGAUGAAGAGCUGAUGAAGAGGGUGCAGCAGAGCUCUGGGCCCGCAUGAGGUCCCUGUCAGUAUACAGCCUGGGGUACACCCCACCCCUUCCCACUUUAAUAAACGUGCUCCCUGUUGGGUGUCAUCUGUGAA